CGCCAUUGGUCAUUUUCUGUGCCCUCUGGGUGGUUCUCGUUUACCCCAUUCUUAAAACCACAAUAAACUACAGCGCUAGAAGCUUCCAGCUGCCUUUCAAUCCAAUCAAUUUUAGGGUUUUGCCAGGGUUUAUUAUUCACGUCCCCAAAGCCCUAACUUGAUUUGAUUUCUCUUCAGUUAUUACCGCCAGAGAGAGGGAGAUAUAUACAUACAAAUACAGAUAGGAGCCCUAAAAGAAAGAAGAGAAUUUAAGAGAAAGGUCGCAAAUGGUUGGCUCAAAGAGCGUUCGGCUUAUGCAAUGCUUGGUCCGGCGCUCUCACUCCCAGUUCGACCUUUUCCAGCCCUAUUCUAUAUAUAAGACUCUGAUUGCUGGGGGUGUUCGGAGUUUUACUAACGGACUUUGCAAUCCAGUUAACAUUAUUCGAAAUCACUCUCCCCAAUUUGUUAACACUAGAAACUGCUUGCUUUUGGGACUUUUAAAUGUCAACAUCGAUGCAACACGGUCAAUUCAUGGCACUGCUGCCAUGUCUGCUAGGGAUUAUUACGAUAUACUUGGGGUAAACAAGAAUGCGAGUGCAUCUGAAAUAAAGAAAGCUUAUUUUGGGCUCGCAAAAAAACUCCAUCCGGAUGUAAAUAAAGAUGAUCCUGAAGCUGAGAAAAAAUUUCAAGAAGUUUCCAAGGCCUAUGAAGUUUUAAAAGAUGAGAACAAGCGUGCAGAGUAUGAUCAGGUUGGCCAUGAUGCAUUUGAGCAGCAACAAAAUAAUAGCGGCUUUAACGAAGAUUUUAAUCCAUUCAAUUUCAGCAACUUUCAAGAUAUAUUCAACUUUCAAGAUAUAUUCAAAAAUAAAAUUGGCGGUGAAGAUAUCAAGAUUGCAGUUGAACUAUCAUUUAUGGAAGCUGUUCAGGGUUGCACCAAAACAGUGACAUUUCAAUCUCCAAUGCUUUGUCAAGCUUGUGGUGGAGAAGGUGUCCCUCCUGGUGUGAAACCUGAAAGAUGCCGGCAUUGUGGAGGCUCAGGCAUGAUAUCUAUCAGCAAGGGCUUUAUGAGUAUUCGUUCUACUUGUCCUCAUUGUAGUGGAACUGGCCAGUUUGUAUCUAGGCUUUGCAGGUCAUGCAAUGGAGCUAGGUUAGUGAGAGGACCAAAAACAGUCAAAUUGGACAUAAUGCCAGGAGUGGAUAACAAUGAGACAUUGAAGGUUUAUGGAAGUGGGGGAGCCGAUCCCGAUAGAACUCAUCCUGGGGAUCUUUAUGUUACCAUCAAGGUCCGCCAAGACCCAGUUUUUCGUAGAGAAGGUGCCCACAUUCACGUAGAUGCAGUUUUGAGUGUUUAUCAGGCAAUCUUGGGAGGAACCAUCCAGGUCCCAACUCUUACUGGUGAUGUUGUGCUCAAGGUCCGCCCUGGCACUCAACCUGGGCAGAAGGUAGUUCUGAAAAAUAAAGGGAUUAAAACAAGGAACUCUUACUCAUUUGGUGAUCAAUAUGUGCAUUUCAAUGUCAGCAUCCCAAAGAAUCUGACCCCAAGACAGCGUGAACUAAUAGAAGAAUUUGCUAGAGAAGAACAAGGUGAAGAUGAGAAGCGUGGUGCUGCUGCUGCUGGGGCAUCUGGCUGAAGAAUGACUUGCCUUGCAUUAUUUAUAGAAUUUAUUAGUAAUGAGUCAUAUGCUGCCUGCUUUGUACGAGAAAAUUUUAGAAUGCAUUAACUUUUUGUAAGGUUAUGUAAUUUUUUCACUCACAGAUGAGAUUGAUCCAUCAUCUUAUUGAGGCCAAUAGUGAUAUUAUUGUGUAUAUAAUUUUUAUUUAGGUAUAA